UUAAUUUAUCAAGGGAAGAAGUCUGGCAACAGCUUCACCUUCUGCUGCACCGCGACAAAUAGGAACGUGGCUUCAUCUCAACGGAAGCUUCCGCUCCGAACGCACCUGUGGCGCCUGAUCAGCGUCACCUGCGUCGCGUUGCUUUUCAUCGCAUCGCCACGCGAUCCCCGUGUGGUGAUUGGGGUUUGAUGGGAAGUUCACUGUCGCCGCUUUGAAGCAUGCUGAGCAACACCGGUCCGGUGGGCAAACUCUACUUGUCCAUAAUUGAUGACGUCAUUGAGGGUAUGAGGGAGCUCUUCCUGGAUGAAGGGCUUGAAGACCGUGUCCUGGAUGAUUUAAAACAUCUCUGGGAGUCGAAGAUGAUGCAGUCAAAGGCAAUGGAAGACUUCAGAAAAAGUCUCAACUCCUCCAACUUCGUGCUCCAGCUCCCUGCCAGCUACAGUCAGGCGGAUCAGGAGCUCACAGCCUCCGUCGUGAUCCCAGCGAAUCGGAGCGUCCACAGCUUUCCAGUCAAGAACAACUCCGAGGCCCUGGCUACGUUCUCGCUCCCCGCCGGCUUGGCUUACCCCGUGCAGAUCCCAGCGGGGGUCACCCUGCAGACGGCCUCCGGUCAACUCUACAAGGUCAACGUUCCCGUUGUGGUGACUCAGGCCCCGGCAGGUCAGCGAGCGCUGUCCCAAACCACGAAGGUCAUCGACUGGAGGGAAGCCCUGACCCGUCCCUCGUCAUCAUCAUCAUCAUCCGCCGCCGUCCCAGCAGCGGCCGUUCGUCCUCAGGAGCCGACUGCUGCUGUCACUCAGCCGCCGCCGACUGCCGGCGUGCCCUCCGGCCAGCAGGGCCCGGCCCCCCCCCCGCCGCCGCUUCCUGCCGCCGAGGCCUCGCCGCCGCCGGGGGCCGAGGCUCCGCAGCCCGAGGUCGCGGGGGAGGAACCCGAGCCGAGGCCGCGGUGUGAAGCGGCGUCGCCCUGCAGCCACUUAUUAGACUUCCAGAUCCGUGCAGAGGAGGCCUUGACCCAGACGGGACGCCCGAAGGCCAGAGACAUCGAUGAGAUCCUGAAAGAGGUGAUCGAGGUGGAGACGGAGAAAGUGGAAAGGGCGCGGAAUCUGGCGUCUGCGAAGGCCGGCGAUCGGGCCGAGGCCGCACUUGGGCUGGACCUGGACUACGGCUACAGCCAGAUUUCAGACAUCGUUCAGCUGGACGGCGCCGCCGACAGCUCCGACGUUGAGGAGGAGGGAGCUCCCCUGGACGAGAACAACUUUCUGGGCAUUUUAAAUGCGGAGGCCAUAAAGGCCCUGCAGGAAGGAGAUGGAAGCAGCGACGGCAACAGCAUGUCCUCCAGCAGCGACGGCGAGGGAGCAGGUGAACUCGCUAAUGUGGAGGAAGAGGAUCCUUUGAACUCGGGCGACGACGUCAUUGAGCAGGACAUCCCGGAUCUCUUCGACACGGAGAACGUGAUCGUUUGCCAGUACGACAAGAUCCACCGCAGCAAGAACCGCUGGAAGUUCCAUUUGAAAGAUGGAGUGAUGUGCCACGGAGGCAGGGAUUACGUGUUCUCUAAAGCUGUGGGAGAAGCCGAGUGGUAAUGAGUCUCUUCAACACAUCAGAUAAUCUUGAACCUCAACCACUUACUGGUGUAAUUAGCUCAUGGAGCAGCAAGUUAAAACACCACUGUGCAAACUUUGUUUUCGUUAUGUAAUGAGUAUUUUCAAGCAAGAAAUUACUUCUUUUGGCUUUGAGUCAGAUUCAUUUGUAUGAAAUUAUUUUGCCUUUAUUAGGAAAAAAAGUCAUUAUGUUGCUGUGAGGGCAUCUAAUACACACUUUGACGAGCAAACAUUGCAUUGUGUCUUUAAUCCCAUCAAACAUUCUGAGCUGGGCUGUGUUCAGUUAAUUCUCUUUUCUUUACAACCCAGUACAGUUGAUGUUUGCUGUCUUAUCAUACUUUGAAAAAUUAAUUAUUUCACUAGUAAAACCAAACAAACCCCACGAGGCUACUGGAAACCAUGUAGCAGAGAAGGCUGCAUCACUUUCUAAACUGAAACACAUGUUUGACCAGCUUGAAACGAAUGUGGAGGAUAGUGUGAAAAUGCAAGGGACAAAUCUUCACAAAAUAUUUCAGCUUUUAUUAUGAAGUUCUCAUUUACCCGCUGGUUAUUAACAGGAUAUAAAAGCACACACAACACAAAUGUUUAUUUCUUUUAUGGUUGCAGUAAUGACCUUUUGUAAUGUUGCUCUGAAAAACAAAUGGUCACAAGUAAAUGAGGUUUGAAACAA